CGACCACAUCAACGCCAACAACAACAGCAUGGGGCACAAGCGCGCGAAGAAAUCCGUGCGCGAUGCCGACCGCGCGGCCAAAGGCUUCAACCAUGCGCCGUCCGCCUCGACACGCGACGACACGCCCAAGGGCGCGAUGCGCAUCUUCAACGCGGCCAAGGUCCAGGCUGCUUUCCGCGCGCGCGGUGGCACGAACAGCGAGGACACGGGCGAGCGCGGGCCGAAGCGCAAGCGCGACGCCGGCGGCAACGACGAGCCAGCAGCACCCAAGCCCAAGGCGAAGAAGGCCGACCUGCCCAAGAUCGGCGAGCACGAGUCGCUGGGCGAGUACAACCGCCGCGUGGAGGCUACCUUGCGUGGCGGGGUGAGCUCGGCCAUCAAGGCGGCCGCAUCGGCCAAGGGGCAGGCGGUGCGCGACUUCAAGGCUGCGAAGAAGGCGCGCAAGGAGGCCGCGCAGGGCAAGACGGCCCACGAGGAUGAAGAGCAAGAGCUCAAGCCCAACCGCCCGGCAAAGGAGUUUGAGGAGGCACCGCAGCGCAAGCGGCUCAACGACGUCGCGCAGGCGCCGCCCGCGCUCCCGCGCAUGCGGGCAGCCGUCAAGGCUGGCGCUGGUGCCGGGGGCUCGGCGUGGGCCGCGGCUGGCGGCAGCCGCACGCCGCUCAACGCCGGCCAGAAGCGUCUUAUGGAGGUCGAGCGUGAGCGUGUCAUUGCGCAGUAUCGCGAGAUUAAGGCGCGCAAGGAGGCGGAUAAGGAGGCGGAGCGUGCGGCCGCGGCGGCGCCAAAGAAGGGCGGUAAGAGCAAGUAGACUGUUGUAUCAUAGCACACGUUGGCAGCAUUCAGCA